CCGAGACGACCCUGAACGCCAGUACGCUCUAGACCAAGACAGGAGCCUAGAUACUGCCCGACAAGAUGCCUCAAGAAAUCGGCGACAUCAAGAAGUUCAUCGAGAUCUGCCGGCGGAAGGACGCCUCUUCCGCCCGGAUCAAGAAGAACAAGAAGACCCAGCAGAUCAAGUUCAAGGUCCGCUGCCGGCGGUUCCUCUACACCCUGGUCCUCAAGGACUCGGAAAAGGCCGAGAAGUUGAAGCAGAGCUUGCCACCCAACCUCCAGAUCAAGGACGUCCCUAAGAGGAACAAGCCCGGCAAGGCUUCGUCAUGAAUUAGUGCAUCUUGAAGGGGAACGCUGGCCUGGAAUUGAGAACGGGUGUUGGCAGGAUGGGUGCAUAUGCGCUUGUCGGUUCAGGGUUGGACUGAGAUUACACCGGCGUCACCGGCGUCUCGGGAGUGAGAAACUUGGGAGGAGCUGAUGCUUUGCUUGCCAUCCUGAGCCCCUGAAGGGUCCAUGUAUUCGGCGAGGUUCCCCCAGAAAUGAAGCGCAUUCAUCGGCUAAGGCCCCAACUCAAA